CCUCACGCCACACUCACCGGCCCGAGUAGCUCUCUUGUCGUUCUUCUCUUUCUCUUUCUCCCUAUUUCCCUUCUCUUCCAUUCCCUUAUAUAUAUAUAAUAUAUAUAUACUAUUUCAUUCCCAAGGACAAACAAAUACUAUAACGCUCUUUUUUCUAUUAACUUUCUCUCUCUCUUUUUCAGAGUCCUCUUUUCUCUCUUUUUUGUCAAUGGCAGAUCUCAAGUCCACAUUCUUGAAUGUCUACUCCGUUCUCAAAUCUGAGCUCCUCCAUGACCCUGCUUUUGAGUGGUCCGAUGAUUCUCGUCAAUGGGUUGACAGGAUGCUGGACUACAAUGUGCCUGGAGGGAAGUUAAACCGUGGACUGUCAGUUAUUGACAGCUACAGAUUGUUAAAAGAAGGACAGGAAUUAAAUGAUGACGAAAUUUUCCUUGCUAGUUCUCUUGGUUGGUGUAUUGAAUGGCUUCAGGCAUAUUUUCUUGUUCUCGAUGACAUUAUGGAUAGCUCCCAUACCCGUCGUGGUCAGCCGUGUUGGUUUAGAGUACCCAAGGUUGGAAUGAUUGCAGCGAAUGAUGGAGUUCUACUACGAAACCAUAUUCCUCGCAUCCUUAGGAAACACUUCAAGGGAAAGUCGUAUUACACCGAUCUUCUUGAUUUGUUCAAUGAGGUUGAGUUUCAGACUGCUGCUGGACAAAUGAUAGAUUUGAUCACCACUCUGGAAGGAGAAAAAGACCUGUCCAAAUACACAUUAUCACUGCACCGACGUAUUGUUCAGUACAAGACCGCCUAUUAUUCAUUUUACCUUCCAGUUGCAUGUGCAUUGCUCAUGGCGGGUGAGAAUCUUGAUAACCAUGUUGAUGUAAAGAACAUUCUUGUUGAGAUGGGAACAUAUUUUCAAGUUCAGGAUGAUUAUUUGGAUUGCUUUGGUGAUCCUCAAACAAUUGGAAAGAUAGGCACAGAUAUUGAAGACUUUAAGUGCUCUUGGUUAGUUGUGAAAGCAUUGGAACUUUGCAAUGAAGAACAAAAGAAAGUUUUACAUGAAAACUAUGGGAAGCCAGAUCCAGCAAAUGUUGCUAUAGUGAAGACCCUUUAUAACGAGCUUAAUCUCGAGGGUGUAUUUGUGGAGUACGAGAGUGCGAGCUAUGAGAAGCUUGUAACCUCGAUUGAAGCUCAUCCCAACAAAGCGGUUCAAGCCGUGUUGAAGUCCUUUUUGGCUAAAAUUUACAAGAGGCAGAAGUAGAUUAGCCAACAUUGUUGAAGACGCAAUAGAAGCUAGAGUCAUGUUUUCUGUGUGGAGCUGUAUUUUUUUUUUUUAAAGCAAUCUUCUUGCUGUCCCUUUUAUGGGGGAUGAUUAAUCUUGUUGUACUUUAUCUUGUGAUACUGGUUUUUGUUAUUGAUAACUUUUAUUCCUUCCGAAAUGUUUGUUUUAAGUUCAGACAUUGACCAUGAUUUCGCAGUGAAUGAAACAAAAUAUGGAUAGAAUAUCCAAAUUACCGCAUCAAA